AUGGCUAGCUUGAGACAAACGAAGCAGAACAUGAACCGUAAGAUAGACGAAGACUUCGAUCAACCCGACGCAGAAAGGAUACGCAAGAUGGUGAAAGAGAAAACUGCUACGAUCUUCGAGAAGGUUAGAGCGAGAGAGAGACGGAAAGUAUCCAGUAUGAAAACAAGGCAGGUAAUGCAAAUGAACAACGAAGCUGAAUGGAUAGUGAACACUACGACUGUGGAAAUCCCGGACUAUGUGGAACGAACACUCAUGCUGGGCCCAAAUUUCAACAUAGAAGACAAAGGGGAUAUUCCAUACGUGGAGUUGGUUGCGAGCAUCGAGAAAAGCAUUCAGAGAAAAGAAAAUGCGGAUGAAAUCAGGUCGGAAGUGUCCAACGCGAUGAUAAACCAUAUCCACUAUCAUCGGCAACCUCGCCACCCACCAGAGGAGUGGAUCCAGAAGGAAGUUUCCAAAAGCAGGAAGUUUUUGAAAGAAAACCCAAACCUGGUGGUAACAAAAGCGGAUAAGGGGAGCAAAACGGUCAUCAUGGAUCUAAACGAGUACCAAACCAAGAUGCAGAAUCUUCUCAACGACGGAACCACGUACAAAAGGAUGACUACGAAUCCGACGAACAGAGUUCUCAAGAAAAUGAACAGUUUUAUCGAUGAAUGGCACAGAAAGGGCUACAUUGAUUUCCGCACACAACGGAGAUUAAAAGAUUCGAGCUGCAACCCACCAAGAAUCUACGGAUUACCAAAGAUUCACAAAGAGAACCGUCCGCUCCGGCCGGUGGUAUCAACUAUAGGAUCGCCAACAUACAACAUGGCUCGAUUCCUGGCGGACGUAAUCGGAAAAGUGGUUGGAAAAACAGUUUUCCACGUACGCAACAGCUUCGAUUUUGCGGAAGAAAUCACAGGAGUCCAGACAAGUGAAGAAGAGGUAUUGUUUUCGCUGGAUGUGGUCUCGCUCUACACGAACGUACCAGUGGACUACGCGCUGAGGUGUCUGGAGGAAAGGUGGCCCGAAAUAGAACAGCACACGAACAUCGAUAAAGAUAGCUUCGUCGAUGCAGUAAAGGUGGUCCUAGAAUCAACUUUUUUCGUCUACCAAGCCAACGUUUACGCGCAAACGUUUGGCGUUCCAAUGGGAUCACCACUAUCCCCGGUGAUUGCAAAUAUCGUCAUGGAAAAGUUGGAACAGGAGUGCAUGGUGAAACUGGAGGAGAAGCAAAUACGCAUGAGAGUAUACAAGCGUUAUGUGGACGACUGCUUGUGCGUAGCCAGAAAAGACCAAAUUCAAACGAUCGUGGAAGUAUUCAACGAGUUUCACGAACGUUUGCAAUUCACGGUGGAAGAAGAAGUUGAUGCGAAAAUCAAAUUUCUCGACAUGAUGUUGGAACGAGAAAAUAAUAAAAUAACAACAUCCUGGCUUCCCAAACAAGCCAACGGAAGAUAUUUGGAUUUCACAUCCAAAAGUCCGUUCCAGCACAAGCAAAACACCGCGAUCGCGCUAAUAGAUCGCGCAAUAAAAUUGUCGUGCGGCGAGAAACGAGAAGAAGCUCUGAACCAAGCCACGCGGAUCCUGGUGAAGAACAAUUACCCAACGUGGUUCGUGCACAGGCAUCGUCGCAACGGCAUCGCCGCCAUCGGCCACGCGGAUGCGGGGGAUGAUAAAACCGAAGACGAGAAAAACUCCCAACCCGAUCUGCUGGGAUGCACGAUUUUCCACCGCGUGAUACGGUCGUCCGUCGCGUUGUCGUCAUCGGAUCGGUCGGGUCCGACUAGGAACCGAUUCGUACUGGGUGGCGUCGCGACGCUGGCUGGUGGAAGCAUGCUGCCUCCAGUCAGUAACUUCCUAGAGUAG